AAUGUUACCGAGUCAGAAGAGCAAAAGUCCUCUGCAGAGCUUUCUCCAGUUCCCAUCAUUGGAGUUUCAGCAGCUGGAAGUCUCCUCCUUCUACUACUAGUUGCUGUGGUCAAUGCAACUGUGGCAGUGUACUGCAAACGCAGCUUCAUCAUCUGCCGUCAAAAAGCUGAAUGCCUUCCCAAGCCUCCCAAUUAGAGAGGUGUCAUCUGAAUAUGAAAUACCAACCACUGAGAUGGAAAAUGUAUACGAGGAGCCUGACGCAACAGUGGGGUCUACUGCUGUGGGUGGGUUGUGCUAUGAAAUAAUGGGUCAUGGAGCUGGUGUGCCUAAGAUGGCAGUAGAUGGAGGGGUUUAAUCCACGGAAGAACAUGACACAGACACUGAGAUACAGAAUGAUCAUACAGAGUAACAACUCGUUUAGAUUUUGCCAUAGUCAUUAAACAUAAUGUGAUGUAUGUAUAAAGUGCACCAAUAGUGUGAAUA